GUACGACGAUACGCCGCCGCCGAGUAGCCGAGUAGAGAGCUGAGAAGCGCGAGAGCAUCGAAUCGAACGCGUUUAAUGUCGCAUUUCCACGCUCUUCUGCUUUUCCCGCACAAUAAUCAUUUCGAGUUAGGACAUUACGACGCGUAUCCGUGUUCUUACAAUAAUAUACGCGACGGUGUGUUUUACGAUCGUAAGUAAGUGAUACGAGGAAUGGCGGCGUCUGACGAGGAAGUCGAGGAGAGUUACGCUGGAGAAGAAGAUGCUGAAGAAGGUGCAACUGCGACAGCUGGUGCUACUGUUCCCGUUGACGGAUCUUCGGAUGCUGAAGAGUCACAAAAAUUGGAGGAAGAUGAUGAUUACGAACCAGAAGAGCGAAAGAAGAAGAAAGGCAAAAAGAGGAAAGCCAGGAGCGAAGACAAAAAGGGAAAGAAGAAAAAGAAAAAGAAAAAAUCUGAUUCUGGAGACGAGAGCGACUUUGGAGCUGGAAAUGCUGCAGGUGGUGGCGAACAAGGCGAAGGAGCUGGAGAGGACAGCGAUUAUGCAGCUAGUAGAAAAAGUAGAAAGUCUUCGUCCAGAAAGUCUCUUAGCCAUGGAGCACCACCGGCUCAAACUCAGGAACCAACUACUGGGAUGCCUACGAUAGAGGAAGUUUGCAGCACAUUUGGCCUUACCGAUGUUCACAUUGAUUACACCGACGCUGAUUUCCAGAAUCUUACCACUUACAAGCUGUUCCAGCAACACGUCAGACCUCUUUUGGCUAAAGAGAAUCCAAAGGUACCAAUGUCGAAGCUCAUGAUGCUGGUUGCUGCGAAAUGGCGAGAUUUCUCAGAAUUGAAUCCGCACACGCAGCCAGACGCGGACGUAUCGACGGCGAGCGUUGACGAAGACAAUCGGAGUUCACGGGCAAAUCGCGGGGCAGCGGCAGCCGCUCAAGAAAUUGAGGAUGAAGAUGAGGAGGACGAAGAUAGCGAUCGCAGGAGAAAAUCGAGAGGAUCGCGAGCGAAAAAGGGCAAAAAAGCUUCGAAAGUGCCAACUUUGAAGAUAAAACUGAGCAAACGCAAACGCGGCAGUUCGGAUGAAGAGGCUGAAGGAAGUGCCGCUGGUACAGAUAGAGAUUCCGACAUGGAGUUCGAGCAAAUGUUGGCCGACGCGGAAGACGCCCCGGGUGGAGAGGACGGUGUUAAAGGAGUAGAUGACGAAGGAGCUGAGCCCCCGGCUGAGCCACCGGUUAGAAGGAAGGCUAAAACAAAAAUUGGCAACAAGACAAAGAAGAAGAAGAAGACAAAGACGACGUCAAAGUUCCCAGAUGGAGAGACGGAUCAUCAGGACUACUGCGAGGUCUGUCAGCAAGGCGGUGAGAUAAUACUCUGUGACACGUGUCCCCGGGCUUACCAUCUCGUUUGUCUGGAGCCCGAGCUCGAGGAGACUCCAGAGGGAAAAUGGAGCUGUCCUCACUGCGAGAGCGAAGGUAUAACAGGCGCAGCGGAGGACGACGACGAGCACAUGGAAUUCUGUCGCGUUUGUAAGGACGGCGGAGAGUUGCUGUGCUGCGACAGUUGCACGAGCGCUUAUCACACGCACUGCCUCAAUCCACCUUUGACAGAAAUACCGGACGGCGAUUGGAAGUGUCCGAGAUGUUCGUGUCCACCGAUAUGCGGCAAAGUCGCGAAAAUACUUACCUGGCGAUGGAAGGAAGUUUCGGAUGCGCCUUCAGAAGAGCCUUCUACAAGCAAAGCGGCCCCGAAGCCCCGGAAAAUGCGGGAGUUUUUCGUCAAAUGGGCGGACAUGUCUUAUUGGCACUGUGACUGGAUAACGGAGCUUCAAUUGGACGUUUUUCAUCCUCUCAUGUUCCGAAAUUAUUCGCGAAAGUACGAUAUGGACGAGCCUCCGAAGCUCGAGGAGCCGCUCGACGAGAGCGACUCUCGUGUCAAACGUUUGAAGAUUCAGGAAGGUGGGACCAAUCGCGAGGAGUACAACCUUGAGGAAAGAUUCUACAAAUAUGGCGUCCGACCCGAAUGGCUUGUUGUACAUCGUGUCAUUAAUCAUCGAUUGUCGCGAGACGGUCGGGCCACUUAUCUCGUCAAAUGGCGAGAUUUGGGCUACGAUCUCGCCACCUGGGAAGACGAACACGAGGAUAUUCCCGGGCUCAAACAAGCCGUUGAUUAUUAUCUUGAUCUCCGAGCUGCUUACAGCAACGACGCUGUCACUUCGAGAAAAGGCAAAAAAGGCAAAGGCAAAAGAUCCAAAACUAGGGAGAUCAUCGACGACGAGGAAAGGGCUCCUAAACGAUAUACCCCACCACCUGACAAACCGACCACUGAUUUGAAGAAAAAACUUGAACGACAGCCCGAUUAUCUCGAUAUCACUGCCAUGCAGCUCCAUCCCUAUCAGUUGGAGGGAUUGAAUUGGUUAAGGUAUUCAUGGGGGCAAGGAAUCGACACUAUUCUCGCUGAUGAAAUGGGUCUCGGUAAAACUAUUCAGACCAUUACGUUUUUGUACUCCUUGUACAAAGAAGGUCACUGCAAAGGCCCCUUCCUCGUUUCUGUACCUCUUUCAACCAUUAUCAAUUGGGAACGUGAAUUCGAGACUUGGGCACCUGAUUUCUACUGUGUCACAUAUGUCGGUGACAAGGACAGUCGAAUUGUAAUUCGAGAGAAUGAAUUGUCAUUCGAAGAGGGAGCAGUGCGAGGAGGUCGAGCCUCCAAGAUUCGGUCUUCUCAGAUAAAAUUCAACGUUUUAUUGACGAGUUACGAGCUUGUUUCCAUUGAUUCAGCUUGUUUAGGCUCGAUCGACUGGGCCGUGCUCGUCGUCGAUGAGGCUCAUCGACUUAAAUCCAAUCAGUCAAAGUUCUUCAGGCUCUUGGCUUCUUACAACAUUGCAUACAAGCUUUUGCUCACCGGUACACCGCUACAAAACAAUCUCGAAGAACUUUUCCAUCUCUUGAAUUUCUUGUGCCGCGACAAAUUCAACGAUCUAUCGACUUUCCAAAAUGAAUUUGCGGAUAUUUCAAAAGAGGAACAGGUGAAAAAACUUCACGAAAUGUUGGGACCUCAUAUGCUGCGAAGAUUGAAGGCUGAUGUGCUCAAGAACAUGCCGAGCAAAUCAGAGUUUAUUGUUCGAGUCGAGCUCUCACCGAUGCAAAAGAAAUAUUACAAAUACAUUUUGACGCGAAACUUCGAAGCUCUGAAUCCGAAAGGCGGAGGACAACAAGUUUCGCUGUUGAAUAUAAUGAUGGACCUGAAAAAGUGCUGUAAUCAUCCGUAUCUAUUCCCUGCGGCUUCGCAAGAGGCACCGACCGGACCAAACGGCAAUUACGAGACAGGCGCUCUCAUCAAAGCUGCCGGAAAGCUAGUACUUCUCAGCAGAAUGCUGAAAAAACUUCGAGAUGAGGGGCACAGAGUUCUUAUAUUUUCGCAAAUGACGAAAAUGCUGGAUAUUCUUGAGGAUUAUCUCGAAGGCGAGGGAUACAAGUACGAGAGGAUAGACGGUAACAUCACAGGAACACAGCGUCAAGAAGCUAUCGACAGAUUCAAUGCUCCUGGUGCUCAACAAUUUGUUUUCCUUCUCUCGACUCGAGCCGGCGGUCUUGGUAUCAAUCUCGCAACCGCCGAUACUGUUAUUAUUUACGAUUCUGAUUGGAAUCCGCAUAACGACAUACAAGCUUUCAGUAGAGCUCACAGAAUCGGGCAAGCCAACAAAGUCAUGAUUUAUCGUUUUGUAACUCGUAAUUCAGUUGAGGAGAGGGUUACGCAGGUUGCUAAGCGUAAAAUGAUGUUGACGCAUUUGGUCGUUCGACCGGGUAUGGGCGGAAAAGGUGCCAAUUUCAGCAAACAGGAACUCGACGACAUUUUACGUUUCGGUACCGAGGAACUGUUUAAGGAAGAAGAAGGCAAAGAAGACGAGGCUAUACACUACGACGAUAAAGCUGUCGCCGAAUUGCUUGAUCGUAGCAAAGAAGGUAUCGAACAAAAGGAGAAUUGGGCAAACGAGUACCUGAGCUCGUUCAAGGUUGCGUCUUACGUAACUAAAGAAGGCGAAGUCGAAGAGGAAGCCGAUACUGAAAUUAUCAAACAGGAAGCUGAAAACACAGAUCCAGCUUACUGGAUUAAAUUGUUGAGGCAUCAUUACGAACAGCAACAAGAGGACAUUGCACGAACUUUGGGAAAAGGUAAACGUGUGAGGAAACAAGUAAAUUACAACGACGGCGGAGUAACCGGAGAUCAGGGAGCCCGGGACGAUCAGCCAUGGCAAGAAAAUUUGUCGGACUACAACAGUGACUUCAGCGCACCGAGUGACGAUGACAAAGAGGACGACGAUUUCGAUGAAAAGGGUGACGGAGAUUUACUCUCUCGUCGAAGCAGACGACGGCUCGAGCGAAGAGACGAAAAGGACAGACCGUUGCCACCACUUCUUGCCAGGGUCAACGGGAAUAUAGAGGUUCUCGGAUUUAACGCACGACAACGGAAGGCUUUCCUCAAUGCGAUCAUGCGUUACGGAAUGCCGCCUCAGGACGCCUUCAAUUCUCAAUGUAGGUUGGUGCGAGACCUAAGGGGCAAAUCGGAAAAGAAUUUCAAGGCCUACGUUUCACUGUUCAUGAGACACUUGUGUGAGCCCGGAGCCGACAAUGCUGAGACUUUUGCUGAUGGCGUGCCACGCGAGGGUCUCAGUCGUCAGCAUGUUUUGACCAGGAUUGGCGUCAUGUCGUUGAUUCGGAAAAAGGUACAAGAAUUCGAGCACAUAAACGGUUAUUACUCAAUGCCUGAGAUGAUAAGGAAACCAGUAGAGCCAGUUAAGAAUGAAGGAGCGACCACGGCAACCGCUGCUACUGCGACAAGUGCCACAACGGAAGGUGCUGCCGCUGCCGGUACGCCAAGUAGCACGGGUGCAACACCCGCAACCUCCAAUGCUCCGAGCCCCGCGGCAACACCUACGCCAAACAACGUUGCCGCCGGUUCUACCUCGACAACUACUCCCGGCGAAACAACAAAAACAACCUCUGAGACAGCUGACGCUGCGAAAGACGUUAAGGAAGAAACAACCGACAAAGUGGUCGGUGAGGGUAAGGAUGUGAAAGAAGAGCCCAAAGAGGACGGCAGUGUCAAAGAGGAUUCAGAGGCGAGCGAUAGAAAUAAGGAAACGGUGAAAGAGGAGGUCAGGGCCACAAGCGAAGAGAAAGAGGCGACCGAGGGUGAGGGUGGCUCUGAGGAGAAUAAGAAAGCAACGGUAGAAGUGAAAACAGAAAAGACGUCGAAUACGAGCGUGACGACAACGACAACGACCACGACGACGGCGUCAAAGAGCGGUACCGAGGAUGUGACACCGGAUGCUAGCAACCUUGGGCCAGAGAGUAGAGCGAAAGCUGCUGACCUUGACGAGGAAGUUGUUAUUGUUAAGGACGACGAAGAAGAGGAAAGCGGUAAAAAAGAGGAAAAAGAAGUAAAGGACGCGACCAAGGAGAGCAGCGCCGAAGCAACGGACGUGACGAAACCAAAACGCAAGUUCAUGUUCAACAUCGCCGACGGCGGUUUUACCGAAUUACACACACUUUGGUUGAACGAAGAAAAAGCGGCGGUUCCCGGACGCGAAUACGAGAUUUGGCACAGGAGACACGAUUACUGGCUGCUCGCCGGCAUAGUGACUCACGGCUACGGCCGUUGGCAAGACAUUCAAAACGACAUUAGGUUCGCUAUAAUCAACGAACCUUUCAAAAUGGACGUCGGAAAGGGCAACUUUUUGGAAAUAAAAAAUAAAUUUUUGGCGAGACGUUUCAAACUUCUCGAACAAGCCUUGGUCAUCGAGGAACAACUUAGAAGAGCAGCGUACCUUAAUCUUACUCAAGAUCCCAAUCAUCCCGCCAUGAGCCUCAACGCCAGAUUCGCCGAGGUCGAAUGUCUCGCUGAAUCUCAUCAACAUCUCAGCAAGGAAAGUCUUGCCGGUAACAAACCCGCCAACGCGGUACUUCACAAGGUACUCAAUCAAUUAGAGGAACUCUUGUCGGACAUGAAAUCGGACGUGAGCAGGUUACCGGCGACGUUGGCGAGGAUUCCACCAGUUGCACAGCGUCUUCAAAUGUCGGAGCGAUCGAUACUAAGCAGAUUGGCGGCGACUGCUCCGGGUGGUGCGGCCGGAUCGCAAUCCGGUCAAGCGGCUCUGUUGGCCCAACAAUUUCCCGCUGGUUUUUCGGGCGGACAGUUGCAAGCGACCUUUGCCGGUGCGGCUAAUUUUGGAAACUUCAGGCCCCAAUACUCUGUCCCGGGUCAACCGCCCCAAGGUUUCACAGCUUAAAUACGAGACAGAAAUAUCGGUUUACGACGAAAUAAGCUCAAUGAAGCGAAAAAGGACGCGCCGUUGGUGAGGCUGUAAUCUUAUUUUUUGGUAUUGGUCUCUCGAGACGCACCAAGAGGAACGCGAUACAACAAUACACCCCCCUACCCCCCACCCCCGACCCCACACACUCACGAUUUCUAGAUGAAUUUUCACUAGAUAAGGUUGAAGUAAGGAAUUAUCGUUAAAACGUUUAAUAUUAAUAAUAAUAAUAAUAAUAAUAAUAAUAAUAAUAAUAAUAAUAAUAAUAAAUAAUGAUAUACCUGCCGGAAAAAGAAAGAAAUGAGGAACGCGUGACGCUCCACACCCGCACACAACCCUUUUUCCUGUACGUAUCCACAGUUUAUUUUGUCUGUACAUUAUAUGUCAGAUACCGAGCGUCGAAUGGGUGAUAUCGAGCGAACGAGAAAGGAAAGAAAGAAGAAGAAUGGGCUGAGAUUUUGUACGAAUAUUGUACGGGCGUGCGUUGCUAAAUGUUUUUCUGACAAAUGUCAGAACUGACUUGUACGAAUGUAAGCGUUUGCAUUUAGUCGUCGAGACGGAUCAAUUUUUACACGAAUUCUUCUACGUCUUGCUAAAUUUUUUUUAUUUCUGGUUUUUUUCUUCAACUUAAACUCUGUUUUUAAAUACUUUUAUUUUGCGUUCUGCAUAAUUUAUUUGCGAUCGGUUUCUUUUCUAUCAUUGUAGUAUACUUCGUAAUUGUAACAAUAAACUCGGAAAGACGCCCUCAAA